AUGGCGGUCGAAGCAGCCCUGGCAGGACUCCAGGCAGAAGCCAACUGUCCCAUCUGUCUGGAUUAUCUGAGAGACCCUGUCACCAUCGAAUGUGGCCACAACUUCUGUCGAUCUUGCAUCCAACAGUCCUGGGAAGACCGCUGGGACAUGUUCCCUUGCCCCGUCUGCCGUCACCCGUGCCAACAGAGGCACUUCAGGAGCAACGCCCAGCUGGGAAGGAUGAUCGACGUCACCAAGCUCCUCCACAUCACCAGGAGCAAGAAGAAGAGGCAGGAAGAGAGGCGCUUGUGCAAGAAGCACAACCAGCUCCUGACCCUCUUCUGUGAGGAGGACCUGGAGGUGUUGUGUGCCCUGUGCACUCAGCCCCCUGACCACCAGGGCCACCAGGUGAGGCCCCUGGAGGAGGCUGCCUCUCAUCACAGGCAGAGACUCAGCAGUUACAUCGAGCCCCUGAAGAAGCAGGUGGCAGAUGUUCAGAAAUUAAUAAGCAUUCAAAGCAAAAAACCCUUAGAACUGGGAGAGAAGAUGGAAAACCAAAGGCAGGGAUUAUUCUCUGAAUUUGAAUGCCUGAAGCAGUCCUUAGAACGUGAUCAAGAGGUAGUUCUCUCAAAGGUAGCUGAUGAAGAGAAGGACAUUCAAUAGAAACUCAGUGCAAACAUAACCGCAUUUUCAGACCACAUUUCCACCCUCAAAGGUCUACUAAGCAAAGUAGUAGAGAACAGUGUGAUGUCUGAAGUAUAAUUGCUCUCACAAAUUAAGAAUUUCUACCAGGGGGCCGGCCCGUCUGAGGAUGAGAUGAGCCCAUCAAUCUUUUCCAUUCAGCUAAGGAGAAAAGGCUGCAGUUUCCCUCUCCAGCAUUCUGCUUUGCAGAAAAUUAUAGAGAAAUUCAGAGUAAAUAUAAUUCUAGAUCCUGAAACAGCACACCCUCACCUGAUGGUCUCUGAGGAUAAAAAAUGUGUGACUUACAAAGAGAAAACAAAACCUGAUUUUCCAAAAAGAUUUACAGUCAACACAGUUGUCCUUGGUUUUCCAUUUUUUCAUUCUGGAAGGCAUUUCUGGGAGGUAGAAGCGAGGGACAAAUCUGAAUUGGCUCUCGGGGUUUGCAAAGAUCUUCCCACAAAGGCAAGGAGACCUCCAUCAGCCCGGCAGAGAUGCUGGAAGAUUCAACUGCAGGGAGAUAGUUACGCUGCACCAGGAGCUAUUCCACCCCCUCUACUGUUAGAAGUGAAACUCGGAAGCAUUGGCAUUUUCCUGGACUACCAGCUGGGUGAGAUCUCAUUUUACAACAUGACUGAGAAAUCGCACAUCUAUACUUUCACUGACACUUUUACUGGACCUCUGAGGCCUUAUGUCCACAUAGGAUCUGAAUCAAAACCUCUCAGAAUCUGUACAGGAACAGACUGUGAAUGA